AUGGGGGCGCGAUGCCUGGACGGCAGGGUACUAUUUUCGGGCGGGCACAGGGGGGGACAGGAGCGUGUUGCUCAUCUACGCCACAUCUUGCCUUCCACCCGCCAUCCCCCUCCGCACCCCAGCCCCCCAGGGUAUUAUUUCCGGGCGGGCACAGGGGCCGGCACGAACAUGUGGCACAUCUAUCUUCCGGGCGGCGCGUGGUGUGGCUCUGCCGCCCAGUGCGUGGCCAGGAGCAGGACGUGGCUUGGAAGCAGCAACUUUUAUCCUUAUGACCCUGACAGCAAGGUCGUCCGCCCUCCUUUCUGCGGCAUUCUGAGCAGCAACAGCAGCGUCAACCCGGCCUUCUACAACUGGAACCUCGUCCGCCCCAUCUACUGCGAUGGAGGGGGGUUUGCAGGGACGACUGGGAGGGUGGAGGUGGGAGGGGGGAGAGCCGUGUACCUGGAAGGGUGGAAUAUCCUUCGCGCUAUCAUGGAUGAUCUGAAAUCGAAUCGGGGGUUCAAAUCGGCAGCGCAGAUUCUCCUCUCGGGCAGCUCAGCGGGUGGCCAAGCAGUCGUGGCUCUCUGCGAUCGCAUCGCUGCCGCCUUCCCCUGGGCCGCAACCAGAUGCAUCUCCGACUCGGGCUUCUUUAUCGACUCCAAGGAUCGCACGGGGGGUUUCACAUGGCGCAACUAUGCCAAGAAUGUGGUGGACCUGCAUCAGCCCAACACACUGCACUACAGCACACUGCACUACAGCACACUGCACUACAGCACACUGCACUACAGCACACUGCACUACAGCACACUGCACUACAGCACACUGCACUACAGCACACUGCACUACAGCACACUGCACUACAGCACACUGCACUACAGCACACUGCACUACAGCACACUGCACUACAGCACACUGCACUACAGCACACUGCACUACAGCACACUGCACUACAGCACACUGCACUACAGCACACUGCACUACAGCACACUGCACUACAGCACACUGCACUACAGCACACUGCACUACAGCACACUGCACUACAGCACACUGCACUACAGCACACUGCACUACAGCACACUGCACUACAGCACACUGCACUACAGCACACUGCACUACAGCACACUGCACUACAGCACACUGCACUACAGCACACUGCACUACAGCACACUGCACUACAGCACACUGCACUACAGCACACUGCACUACAGCACACUGCACUACAGCACACUGCACUACAGCACACUGCACUACAGCACACUGCACUACAGCACACUGCACUACAGCACACUGCACUACAGCACACUGCACUACAGCACACUGCACUACAGCACACUGCACUACAGCACACUGCACUACAGCACACUGCACUACAGCACACUGCACUACAGCACACUGCACUACAGCACACUGCACUACAGCACACUGCACUACAGCACACUGCACUACAGCACACUGCACUACAGCACACUGCACUACAGCACACUGCACUACAGCACACUGCACUACAGCACACUGCACUACAGCACACUGCACUACAGCACACUGCACUACAGCACACUGCACUACAGCACACUGCACUACAGCACACUGCACUACAGCACACUGCACUACAGCACACUGCACUACAGCACACUGCACUACAGCACACUGCACUACAGCACACUGCACUACAGCACACUGCACUACAGCACACUGCACUACAGCACACUGCACUACAGCACACUGCACUACAGCACACUGCACUACAGCACACUGCACUACAGCACACUCCCACCUUCUGAUGCUUCAUUUCCUGUCCUCCCCCUCUCUCCCUCUUCCACACACGCCGUCCCCCCCCCCGCAGGCCUCCCUAAGAGUGACCAGUGGAAGUGUUUUUUCCCGCACUACACUCUUCCAAGUCCUCUAGGGAAUCACACAGAUCCUCAGCAGCUCGAGCACUCGCUGAUUGGCGGUUGA